CCCUACCUCCAUAAUGUUUAGUCAUCUCCGCGUAAACAAGCAAGUCUCGUUGUGAAACUAAAUAUAUUGUUGUAAAAAUUACGGAAGUAAAUAAAAUAAAAAAAUGGAAUUUCCAAAUUUGGGACAACAUUGCUCAGAGAAAUCGUGCAACAGGCUGGACUUUUUGCCAAUGAAGUGUGACGCCUGCAAAAGUGUUUUCUGUUCAUCCCAUUUCAAUUACGAACAUCAUAAUUGCAAACACGGAAGGAAAGAUCAUCAAGUGCCUUUGUGCCCGCUAUGUGGGGACCCAGUACCAACAGCUCCGGGUGUCGAACCAGAUCUUACUGUUGGCCAACAUAUUGAUAAACAAUGUAAAUCAGAUUCUCGAAAGAUAUUCACCAACCGAUGUUCAUACAAGUCAUGCAAGCGAAAGGAGUUAAUACCAGUCAAUUGUUCGCAGUGCAAAAGGAACUUCUGUUUGCGACAUCGACACACAGCAGAUCACGAAUGUCAAGCGGGAAAAACGACUGGAACUGUAUUCGAAGAACCAAAGACAAUGGCUGGCAAAGCUGCUGAAUUACGAAGAACCCAGAAACCACCGAAUACACUAUUUGACGUUGCCCCAAAACCUACUACUGCAGCCGUAAGAGAAACAGCUGCUCAGAGAUUGACUCAAAACAUACAGGGCAAUAUGACUGAAGAUGAAGCACUGGCCCGUGCAAUAGCUUUGUCCAUCAUGGAAUUGGAUGAAAGCAAUGAUCGAAAUCGACGCAAUGAGGCUGCAGCCAACAGUACCCAAAGACGAAACAAUACUACUGUUCCAGUGGGAGGACGCGAUGCCCAACAAGGAAAUGGGAAAGACAAGUGUUCAUUGUCAUAGUUCAGACUCUCAGCAAAUUGCCAACCUGAUCACUCUUACCUAAAUUAUGUAGUUUAAUAUUUAAAGUUUAGGGGUUUAAUUUGCCAAUUGCUACCAAAUGAUGCCAUAAAUAAUGGGCUCAAGUAGUCACAAUACUUUCAAACAUUCUGUAGUCAAGAUACUUUCAAACAUUCUCAACAAGUUAUAAUUGUAUGAACCACCUCUAUACCAAUUUUUGGUUCUGUAGACAGAUUUAAGCACUUUUCUUAGGAUCCUGUUGUACUUUGACGAAUUAAUUUGGAUUUGUUAUUGCAUAAGUUUAUUAUUGUUUUAGUACUAUGUAAAGAUAAUAAUAAAAGAAAAUUACACAUUUUAAAUUAACAAAUAAAACUUCGUUUUUACAACACAUUUUAUAUCAGUAA